CCUCACUCAAGGUACGGUGUAAGGGCCAGGUGAAGGUCUAAGAUGGUCAGGCCCAGAGGAGGGAGGAGCCCAGGUUGUGGCCUUGGGAAGAAGGAAGAGUUAGGGUCUAGAACGGCAUUUCAGAGGAGGGAACAGCGUCAGAGGCCUGAACCGUUAUGCAGAAGAUCCAGGGGCUUUCCUUGUCCAGGAGGAAUUUGGGGGUGGAGGUGGAGGGAAAGGCAGCAGGACCCAAACUGUCGAUGGCCCCAUGUGCCUGGCCGAGGACUUUACUCUUUCUGUGGACCGCUUCCUGUGUUAGGAGUGAGGGACCACAGAAACCAUUCAACGUAAUGGGCUCUAGAACAAGGCCUGUGUGGAGUUUUGUGUAGAGUUUCUGGCAUGGUACUCAUGGUCUCUGCUUGGAAUGGUUUUAUCUUUUUCUUUUCUUUGUGACUGGGCACGAAGCAGUUACACUCAACAGUUAAUUUACUGGCUGCCUGCUGUGUAACGGGCACUUCCAGCUGGUGGGGCCCAGCCCUGGACCAGACAAGGGCCCCCCAAGAAGCUUGCAUUCUAGUACGAGGAAAUUGAGAAGUAAAGCAGAGAGUUACAGAAUGUCCGAAGGGGACAGUGUUGGAGAUUCCGUCCAUGGGAAACCUUCAGUGGUGUACAGAUUUUUCACGAGGCUUGGACAGAUUUAUCAGUCCUGGCUAGACAAGUCCACGCCGUACACAGCUGUGCGAUGGGUCGUGACGCUGGGCCUCAGCUUUGUCUACAUGAUCAGAGUUUACCUGUUGCAGGGUUGGUACAUUGUGACCUACGCCUUGGGAAUCUACCAUCUAAACCUUUUCAUAGCUUUUCUUUCUCCCAAAGUGGAUCCUUCCUUAAUGGAAGACUCAGACGAUGGCCCGUCAUUACCAACCAAACAGAACGAGGAAUUUCGUCCUUUUAUUCGAAGGCUUCCAGAGUUUAAAUUUUGGCACGCAGCUACCAAGGGCAUCCUUGUGGCCAUGAUCUGUACCUUCUUCGACGCGUUCAACGUCCCGGUGUUCUGGCCGAUUCUGGUGAUGUACUUCAUCAUGCUUUUCUGUAUCACGAUGAAGAGGCAGAUAAAGCACAUGAUCAAAUACCGGUACAUACCAUUCACACACGGGAAGAGGAAGUACAAAGGGAAGGAGGACGUGGGCAAAGCCUUUGCUAGUUAGAGCCGGACUGAGUCUGUCGCACGCAUUGGAAGAACGGUUUUGAGCCAUUGUAACAAUGCCUUUUUUCUUCACAUAAAGUAGUUGAUUACGAGGGAGUCGAAUUUUCUUUUUAAAAAGGAUCUUCAAUUAUUUGUAACUGAAAUAUCAGGUUCUUGAAGAAACUGGC